AUGGCAGUCAAGCCCAAGGUUCUUCUGCUAGGCGGUAUCGAGCAUGCUUACGAAGCCUGGGAUUCACUAGCCUCCAUUGCGGACAUCAUCAAGCCCAAGUCGGCCGACCGAGCUGCCUUUCUAGAAGAGUCCAAGUCCGGGGCUUUCGAUGGAGUUGUUGCUGUUUAUCGAAACUUUACGUCUGUGAGCACUACUGGUCUUGUUAACGAAGAGCUGCUUGAUGCUCUUCCUGAUACGCUCAAGUUUAUCUGCCAUAAUGGUGCUGGUUAUGACCAAAUCGACGUGGCCGCCUGCACAGCCCACAACAUCCGCGUCUCAAACACACCCACGGCAGUAGACGAUGCCACGGCAGACAUUACCAUCUGGCUACUUAUAGGAGCUCUCCGAAACCUCUCCAGUUCCGUCCUUUCCCUCCGCGCUGGAAAGUGGCGUGGAAGCCCUCCUCCCCCAUUGGGCCACGACCCCGAGGGCAAGGUGCUUGGUAUUCUAGGCAUGGGCGGCAUUGGUCGCAAUGUUGCCCGCAAGGCUCGUGCCUUUGGUAUGAAUAUUCGAUAUCAUAACCGCCAGCAGCUCUCCCCUGAGUUGGAGGAGGGUGCUGAGUAUGUCGACUUUGAGACACUGCUGAAGGAGAGUGAUGUCCUGAGUCUGAACUUGCCUCUCAAUCCUAGGACCCGACACACAAUUGCAAAGCCCCAAUUCGACAUUAUGAAGCCCGGCAUCGUCAUCAUCAACACAGCCCGCGGCGCAGUCAUGGACGAGGCUGCACUUGUAGACGCCCUCGCAUCCGGCCAGGUCGCCAGCGUGGGCUUGGAUGUGUUUGAGAAAGAACCUGAGAUUCACCCUGGGUUGCUGGCGAAUGAGAAUGUGCUGCUGGUUCCGCACAUGGGCACCUAUACCAUCGAGACGGAGAAGGGCAUGGAGGAAUGGGCCAUUGACAAUGUUCGGCUGGCAAUUACCGAGGGGAAACUCAAGAGUAUUGUCAUUGAGCAAAAGAACUUGCAGUAA